AUGGCUCCGAAUCAUAGUCAUUGCUUGAGUGAAGAUGACAUUGAAAUCAAAGUGAUAACCCAGGCGGAUAGUAAGAGGACAUGGGAUUUAAUGGGUGCCUACUUCUUUCCUGAUGAGCCGUUGACGUACAGCAGUGAACCCAGAGAUGAGCUCUUGGUUGGCAAAGAAUUUCUAUUAUCCAAUAUAGACCAUGGCACUUGUCUGAAGGCUGUUCUCAAGGGAACAGAUGAAAUAGUUGGUCUUUCCAUUUGCGGACCAAAGGGACCCGAUGAAGCGGAACACAUGCAAAAAGAAGCCGAUGCGGCUGGCAACACCAAAUGGGGUACAAUUUUAAAUUUCCUGGCAAAGGUUGAACGAGAUGCGAAUGUCUACGAGCGCUACAAUGUAACAAAGGUGCUGCACGUCAUCACCACUUGUGUGGAUGCCAAAAUGCGGGGCAAUAAUAUCGGAGCUCGCCUCUAUAAUGCUGCUCGUGAAAUGGCCAUCGUAAAGGGCUACGAGCUAUUGACAGCCGAUUGCACCAGUUUUUACUCGGCUCGCAUAAAGGAACAACUUGGAUGGGAACUUGUGAAUGUUAUUUACUACAAGGACUACCUUGACUCUGACAACAAGCAGGUGUUUCGUCCUCAUCGGCCACACGAAUGCUGUAAGACAUAUGCCAUACGUUUCUGA